AUGAAUGUUAUAAAUAAAUAUUUAAUUUCAACUAGAUCAUAUUUGUCAACUGGUAUACUAUUUAUAUUGCUAACAUCAUCAUCUAUAGCGUACAGUCAAACCAAAACAUUAGAUUUAAAGUUUAGUUUUUUUUGUUUUACAAUUAUAUUUCAAAAUUUUUGUUUUGCAUACUUGUUAAAUUCAUAUUUAGAGUACUUUAUAUAUGGAUCAGAGACAACCAAACGAGAAUUAGAUUCAACACUAUUUAGACAUAUAUCAAAAAAACAGCUUCGAGAUUUUAUAAAGUUUCCAUUAAUAUGUAAUGGUAUAUUACUAAUGGUAACUUUUAAAUGGAAGGGAUCUGAUGCUUUUUUCACCAUUCUAAUAUUGGAUUUACUUCAAAUACUGGGUGUUUGUUUAUACACUCCUUUAAAAUACUAUGCAUUGGGCCACAUUAUAUUCAGCUUGGUUCAUUAUAUAAACAUUUGGAUUUUUUAUUAUGCAAAUACCAAAAGCUUACCUAUAGACCUCAGCUUCACAUCCCCAAACCCUUUCAUAUACUAUAGCUUUUAUUUCCUACCGGUUAUCCUCCAAUCCAUUCAUGCAAACUAUCACAGAGAUAUAGAAAUUGAUAAAAAACACGGUGUAGUUACAAUUGCAAUUAUAUUAGGGAAGAAUUUUUCAUUAUACUAUUAUUAUUUGUUAUAUAUUGGAGGUUUAUUAUAUCUAGUUUUCUUAAUGUUAAAAUUUAAUAAUUUAUUUUUUUUAUUACCAUUCGCAACAAUUCCUUUAAUGAAUAAUAUGUACAGUAGGGUUAAAAAUGGUGAUUAUAAUUUAUUAAAUGUUCAAACUACAAAAACUCAUUUCUUUUCUUUAUUUUUAUUUUCAAUAGCCAUAUUAUUAGUCGGUAAAAAAUAA